AUGGAGAGCAACUUUGAAAAAAUGGAGCGCCUCCUGGAGAUGCAUGAGGAGUACCACCAGUCUGUGAAGGAAGCGGACAGCGCCAGGGACAAGGGCCUUGCCCAGCAGAUUGACCGAGAGCUGGAGGUGAAUGAGGAGGAGCAGCUCUACUUGGACCGCUGCGAUGCGGGGCUCUUCACCUUGCAGCAGGUGGACUUGAUCCUUGUGCGACUGGUGAACAUGGGCAAUAGGCAAGCGAGCGAGGAAAUCGGAAAGCUGAUGGACGUGAAGGGCGUGAAGCUUGCGGAGGUGCGGGACAUUGUCCUGGAGUACUGCCGGACGAACCUGGGCCCUUUGGCGAGGGAGGAGAGGAAAGAGGUCAUGGCCUACCUUCAGGCCAUGCUCACCAGGUACGGCGGGGACGCCUCAUUGGUGGAGGAGGAGGCGGCCGCCGCCACGGGGGCCGCCACCCCGGAGGAGGCGGAUGGAGCGGUCACGCCGGAGGAGGCCGACCCCAACCAGGUCACAGAUGAUGAGGCCGAGCCGAAGACAGAGAAGGCUCAGGAGCCUGAGCCAGUUGAGAAGGAAGAGCAGAAGAAGGACAAAAAGGAGAAGAAGGAUCGCAAGAAGUAG